UCAUGCUACACUGCAGUCAGUGUGUUUUUUCGGAACAUAAACACGCAGGAGCAAUGACGAAAUUGAAAGAGGAGGAAAAGAAAAACACGGAUAAAACGAUGUGAAUGAAUGAAGAAAAAGCACUUUAGUCUUCGAAUCUUUUCUGGCUUAAUUUAGAAAAAAAAAAAUUAAUUAAGUGAGGAUAAUAAUUUGCAUCGCUUGUGAUGAGUCAAUGUUUACCUAGCGUACGAUUUUGACAUUUAUUAGAUCAUCUUAAUUGGAGCAAAUGACUGAGCCUAUAGAGAGAUCAGAUUUAUUCACUGCUGCUAAACAAUUAGCAGACAGUGAAAUUGAGCUAAUAAAAGUGAUCGAGAGUUCCAGCAAGUGCCAAAGAACUGUUACAAAUAUGUUUGAGAGUGUUAAGAAAACGAGGAAACCUGGGAAAUCAAAAAAUGCUCGUCCAUCAGCUGCGCUGUUGGCUGCCAAGCGAGAGGCAGCGCAAAGACAGCUGGUAUCGGACAAAAAGUCCAACAACAGUUUUAUACGAGAUGUAUAUCAAAAUGCAAUUGAUGCAUACAAAGUAGUGCGAAAGGAAACUGGUCUUGUGUUUGACCGAAGCAUGGCGGAGCACGAAUGUCUCUGGGAUCCGAAUUAUCCCGAAUGCCCGGCCAGAUUUACACGAGUUUUGCAGAGAUGCGAAGAAUUAGGCCUGGUGCAAAGAUGCAAACUCAUUGAACCGAGACAAGCUACGGAGAAUGAGAUUCUGACAAAGCAUAGCCAGAAACAGAUUGAUAUUUUGAAAGCAACAGAUGGCUGUGCAGAUUCUGAGAAUUUGGAAUUGCUUUCCUCCAAGUACGAUGCUAUCUACGUUCAUCCAUCUACAUAUAGAUUAUCUUUAUUAGCUGUGGGCUCGACAAUCAAUUUGGUAGAAAGAAUCUGUAAAGGCGAGAUUCAAAAUGGUAUGGCUAUCAUUAGGCCACCGGGUCAUCAUGCCAUGAAAUCAGAAUACUGUGGUUACUGCUUCUUCAACAAUGUGGCUCUUGCAGCAGAGAAAGCUUUGAGCAGUAAUUUGGCAAAUAGGAUUUUAAUUGUGGAUUGGGAUGUUCAUCAUGGACAAGCAACGCAGCAAAUGUUUUACAAUGAUCCACGUGUAGUCUAUUUUUCAAUACAUCGUUAUGAACACGGCGAAUUCUGGCCUAAUCUGAAGGAAUCAGACUUCCAUUACAUUGGAGAAGAUCUUGGAGAGGGUUAUAACUUUAAUAUACCCUUAAAUAAGACUGGCAUGACUAAUGCUGAUUACAUUGCGAUUUUCCAGCAAGUUUUAUUGCCAAUGGCUUAUGAGUUUCAACCGGAUCUUAUAAUAGUGUCAGCUGGUUAUGAUGCGGCUCUGGGUUGUCCAGAGGGCCAGAUGUUAAUUACUCCAGCGUGUUAUUCACAUCUGCUAUCGUCGUUAUUAAGUCUGGCAGCUGGAAAAGUCGCUGUAGUUUUAGAGGGUGGUUAUUGCUUGAAAUCUUUAGCAGAAGGUGCAGCAUUGACUUUGCGAACUUUAUUGGGCGAUCCCUGCCCUAUUUUACAAACACUCGAAUUACCAUCAAUAAGUAUACAUGACACUAUUCUGAAUGUAAUCUAUGCGCACAGACCAUAUUGGAAAUGUUAUCAAUAUCAAGAAACACACAGUAUCAAUAGUGUAACACAUAAUAAAGAAGAAAUUGCUAAUCGACAUGUAGUUACGGUUACAUAUAAAGGCAGCAUUUAUACACCAGACAAGUACGAAACUAGAAACUGCUAUCCUACACAAAACAAAGAAGUUUUAGAGACCAUAGAAAAGAAAUUGAAUGAAUUGAUACAAUUUACAAAGUUGCAUAAGGCGCCUCAUAAAGUGUCUAUCGUUUACGAUGAAAAGAUGCAAAAGCAUUGCAAUAUUUCUGACAAUACUCAUCCGGAGAAGCCAGCUCGUAUCUCCAGCAUUUACAAGAAUCAUGAAAAGCAUGGCCUGCUAGAACGGUGCCAUUUGCUACAAGGGAGGAGCGCAACAAUAGAAGAGCUAUCUCUGGCUCAUUCAGAGGACUACAUCGAUAGCAUCAAAAGGACGUCAACGUUAAAACCAAAGGAAUUGCAGAAACAAGCGUCGGAUUACAACUCCGUUUACCUUCAUAGCGAAACGUGGUCGAGUGCCUGUGUGUCUGCCGGCUGCCUUUUACAGAUGGUAGACGCGGUUUUAAACGGGGAAAGCCAAUCUGGAAUAGCGAUUGUGAGGCCGCCGGGACACCACGCCGAGGAAGAUGUUGCGUGCGGUUUUUGUAUCUUUAAUAAUGUGGCCCUUGCUGCGCGAUACGCCGUGCAGUUUCAUCAUCUAAAGAGAGUACUGAUAGUGGAUUGGGACGUGCAUCACGGUAAUGGAACGCAAUCCAUCUUCGAGGAAGAUCCCAAAGUUCUUUACAUUUCCGUUCAUCGUUACGACAACGGAAGCUUCUUUCCAAAUUCCAAGGCAGCUAAUUAUACGAGCGUUGGUCUAAACGCAGGCGAAGGAUUCAAUGUGAACAUACCGUGGAAUAAAAAAGGAAUGGGAGAUGCUGAAUACAUAGCAGCUUUCCAACAAGUCGUGCUGCCCAUCGCUUAUCAGUUCAAUCCGGAGCUGAUUCUGGUUUCUGCUGGAUUUGAUGCUUGCGUAGGUGAUCCACUUGGAGGUUGCCUGGUAAGUCCGGAGCUCUACGGUCAUUUGAUCCAUUGGCUCUCGUCUCUGGCGAACGGUCGCAUAAUUUUCAGUCUUGAAGGAGGCUACAACAUCAAUUCCAUUUCUCACGCGAUGACGAUGUGCACCAAAGCCCUCCUGGGCGAUCCUCUGCCUAUGCUGGAUCCCAAUUUGAUCCCCUGUGCCAGCGCGAUCAACUCCAUCAACAACGUGCUGAAGACUCAUAAGAAAUUCUGGCCUAAUCUGCAAUAUGGAAUGUCCCUGCCGAAAGAAAAGCUCCUGCCCAAACUCAAGAAACCCCUGACUAAGCAGAACGAAGAAGAAAGAAUAGCAGAUAAGCCGAAACAAACGGAAUCGAAAAUCGCCUUAGAAGUGAUCGAAAGUGAGAAGUUGGAACUGAAUUUAGCAAUCGAUAAGAAUCACCUGAACCUGGUGACUGACGAGGAAAUUCUGAAGUUGACGAACGAGGUGGAGAAUAUUAAGAUUAAGAAUUCUGAAGUGCGACCUACGAAAGGCAUGACGGACGAGACGAGGAGAAAUUCUGGAUCGAAACAGGACGAGGCUAAAAAGUCGGACGUGUCGCAGAGUAUACAGAAGUGUGUAAAUGAGAUGAAGCAGUCUAGGGACAGUCAGCAAGGAAGUUCUCGCACAGGCGAGGAUUACGACGACGAAGGCGCAGCGUCCCUACAACGUGAAACACAACCGACCCUUCUAGACUACCUCUCCGAUAAUCUUCAGGCUCUGACAGCGGGGGAAAUGUUCGCGGUGGUGCCUCUACGAGAUUGCCCGCACUUGUCCGCGGUGAACGAGGUUCCUCCAGAUGGAAUCGAUGUAACUCUACCUUGCGUCGAAUGCGGUAGCACCGCGGAGAAUUGGAUCUGCCUGCAAUGUUACACCGUGCAUUGUGCUCGCAGCGUAAACCAGCACGCGAUGCAACACGCACAGGAGUACGAGCAUCCCAUCACGCUCAGUUUCAGCGACAUCUCCGUUUGGUGCUACGGUUGCGAAGCUUAUAUUGAUAAUCCUAUAUUAUAUGCGGCAAGAAACGCGGCUUAUCAAAGCAAGUUUAAUGAAGAGCUUCCUUGGACUUAUAAUGAAAAUGACAUCUAAAUGCAUCUUAGUUAAUUUAAAAAAAUAAAAUUAAUAAAACAAUAAAAAAAUAUUUAUAUAUAAAUUUGCGAUUGGAUAAAAAUUUGGAAAAAAAUGAUCAAUGUUCUAUAAUCUAAAAUGUUAAUCAACUACAUAAAAAAUUACAUAACAUAAAUUA